AUGGAAGAGAAGGAACAGCUUUAUAUAACCGGUGGACAAUUAGUAAAUAGUGAUCAUAUACAGUUUGCAAAUAUAUUGAUUGAGGAUGGAAAAAUUGUGUCAACUGGCACAAACAUUGAAGUUCAACCGGAUACGCCAAGACUUGAUGCUACCGGAAUGUUAAUUAUGCCAGCUGGAAUUGAUAUGUCUACUUACUUAAUACAAGAUAUCCAUCCGAUUGAUACAGAAGCGUAUAUAAAUUUUACAAAAGAGGCUCUACUUGGUGGGACUACAACAAUCGUUGAUACUAUCAUAUGUCCAAAAGAUUCAUCAGCUGUUGAUCUUUUAAUAAAAUAUAAAAAUACUUUCAAAGAAACAAAAUUUUGGUGUGAUAUUAUCAUUCGUAUUGGUUUUAUGGAAAUUCAAGAGAAUCAUUUAAAUGAAAUAGAACAAUUAGCUAAACAACAUGGGAUUAAUUCGUUUCUAUUUAUUGUUGAUCCAAUGGAAAUGGAUAAACCUUCUAAAAAUUCAUCAUACAUUAAAAAUUUAUUAAAAGCUUUGGAUAAAUGUAAACAAACUGGUUCAAUUGCUGUUAUCAAAUGUGAUCUAAGAAAGUUAAAUUACAAUUGUCCAAGUGAUUAUUUGAAUAAACAAAAUGAUUUGAAAUUAAGAUCCAUUGAAAAAUGUAUUGUUCUUGUUACAUCAACAAAUUGUCCAGUAAUUUUCUCUUCUAUCAAUGAAAUGAAUAUAAUUGAAAGAAUUUCUAAAAUAAGACGACAAAUUCCACCUAUUCAUAUUACUGUAUGUUGUACAUCAAAUUCAUUAUUAUCGGAGAUAACACAUAAUCAACAAUUCGGAAAUGGAUUUUUACCAUUACUAACCAAUGGUGAUAUCAAAUUAAUUUCAAGUGAUCACUCUAAUAUUGAUACAAAUGGAAAUUCUAAUAGUUUACAAACAAUUAGACAAAGAUUAAUAACAACAUGGAAAGCUGGUGUGCCAUCAGGAUGGUUAGAUGCUUCUACAUUUGUUAGUCUUACAUCAUCUAAUGCUGCACAUUAUUUAGGUUUAUAUCCUAAUAAAGGAUGUUUAUAUCCGGGAUCAGAUGCUGAUUUAAUCUGUUGGCCAUAUGAUAAUAUAACUAAUUGUACUAUUCAACAUCCAUCUUUAGUUAUUCAUCAUGGGAAAUUAAUAGUAUACAAUGGUAAUCUUAUAGAAGAUAUAAGUAAUAAUAAUAAUGAUUUAAAGAUUAUACCAUGUAAUCAUUUGAAUGAAAUUCAAUCAAAUCAACCACUUGGGAAUGUUACAAACAGGAAGUUAUUUCCCUCUACUAUUUACGAUCUGGUUAAUGCAUUUGAAAGAUUACGUAAAACAAAUCAAAUCCCUGUUAUUCGUGAACCUUGGACAAUGAAUAAUUUAAGUGGAGAAUUAACAACAAUUUCAAAAAUAACAAACAAUCAUAAUAAUAAUAAUAGUGAACAAACGAAAGAUGGAAAUCCUCAAAGUUUAGUGACAACGCCAAUCAACAUACGUACAAUACGUGGUAAUCGAGAUUUACAUGCUUCAGGAUUUUCAUUAAGUGGUUAG